AUGGAUCUAGGAAGUUUAUCGAAACUCCAGACGGAGGGGGUCAAUCCUCGAACGGUACAUAUUGACCAGAUGUCAACGCUAGAAAUGUGCACUGUGAUCAAUGCGGAUGACCAUCUUGUUCCAGACAGCGUCGUCCCUUGCUUGCCUGCUAUUGCCGGUGCUAUCGACGCAUUGACGCCGCGGGUGCGCCGAGGUGGCCGAGUAGUAUAUGUCGGUGCUGGCACAAGUGGAAGAUUGGGCAUUUUGGAUGCUUCGGAGAUCCCCCCGACAUUUGCUGCUCCUCGCUCGCAAUUCAUCGGCCUGAUUGCAGGCGGGGAUGAUGCGAUUCGGCAAGCUCAAGAGGGCGCGGAGGACAAUGAAGAGGUUGGCAAGGCAGAGAUGAAGCAGCUAAACCUGGAUCCCGAAGUCGACAGCAUCAUCGGCAUAGCAAGUUCAGGUCGUACACCGUAUGUUAUGGGCUGUCUGGCUUUUGCCCAAAGGCUCGGUUGCGUUACUAUUGGCGUUGUCUGUGCAGCACCAUCGGCUAUUGGGAGUGCAGGGAUCGCAGACUUCCUGAUCGCACCUUUGCCAGGUCCUGAAGUAGUCACUGGUAGCACGCGGCUCAAGGCUGGAACUGUGACCAAGCUUGUUCUGAACAUGCUCAGUACAGGCACGAUGGUUCGCACUGGAAAGACCUAUGGAAACAUGAUGGUUGAUCUUGUGGCUUCCAAUUUGAAGUUGAAGCAACGAUCGCGUAAUAUUUUGCGGAGGUUGAGCUCCAAGUGCCAUUCUUUGCCAGAUGAGGAUCUGGAUGCACUUCUCUCAAGGUGCAACCAUAGUGUCAAGUUGGCUAUCUUGGUCGCCGAUACUGGAGAGUCGGUCGAGGCGUGUGAAGGAUACUUUGAAGCUGCUGGUGGAGUCUUGGCCAACGCAAUAGCUGCUGUCUCGAAGCCUGGUCAACAGAUUACUCCUGAGGUCAAGUCUGGCCGGCCGUUUGUUUUGUGCAUCGACGGUGGAGGUACCAAAUGCGCUGCUGCGGUCACAAACGGGGCCAAUAUUGUCUGUCGAGGUUAUGCCGGUCCUUGUAAUUUAACCGAUAGCAUUAAAAACCUAGAUGGGGUGGUAGCGACACUGCUGGAAGCCACGAAAUCUGCCUUGAAAGACCAAUUCCCAAGCGGCAGAGAUCAGACAGAUUCCGAUUGGAAGAAUUACCUGCAAUCAUGCUUCAGCUCCGUGUGGAUUGGGCUUGCUGGACUUGAUCGAGCUGGAGUCAAGGGAUUGUUGGCGCCCAAGUUAGGAGAGGCUUUCGGGCUCAAUCACACGGCCAUCCAGUUAACCAACGAUGUCGAUCUUUUGACUGCCGCGGUCCCAGGAGAAUUGGAGCCGUCGUCCAUCUUGGUUCUCAUUGCCGGGACUGGAAGUGUUGCCAUGCGAUACAGCCAAUCGCGUGAAGGCUAUACACGCGUUGCCCGGUCCGGUGGCUGGGGACAUAUGCUUGGGGAUGAAGGGGGUGGAUACGCUAUCGGUCUGAAGGCCAUUCAACACACGCUAGGUGUCUUUGAGGAAAUCACUCUAGGGAUUCAAACACGCGAGCCAGGUAGACUUGAACAGGCAGUUGCUGCAAAGCUGGGCUGUCCCGUUUCUGAAAAUGCCGGCAUCGACAUGUUGAACGAGAUACUCGCGAGCAAAUGCACACAGGGUGUCAAGGCACGCAUCGCUAGCAUUGCCGAGCUUGUUCUUGGACUCAUUGGGGAGGAUAAGACAGCAGAUUCCAUUGUGAACUGUCAGGUUGCCGUACUAAUAGGCAAAACACUUGGUCGACUGGUCAACUCCAAGGGGACUGAUUACCAGCCAUCAGAGACUUCCGUGCUUGUUUUGGCCGGAGGGCUGAUGAAGAAUGAGAGAUAUCGAGCUGUACUGGAACGGCAACUAGACCAGCACCGAUUGUAUUUCCGCGGCACAGUGGUAGUGGAAGAUGCAGCGCUCACAGGCGCGAAAUAUUUGAGUUGA